CUACCUCCUCCUUGGAUGGCCUUAUGGUGUGGAAGCUGAAGGCACAGUGCAGAGCCUACAGGUUUGUAGGCCAUGAGGAAGCAGUGACCAGUGUGCAGUUCUCAGCAGAUGGGCAGCUGCUGGCUUCAGCUUCUCAAGAUCGUACUGUCAGGCUCUGGAUUCCUUGCAUCCACGGAGAGUCCUCGGUCCUGAGGGGCCACACGGCAGCAGUGCGCAGCGUGAGCUUCUCGCCCGACGGCCGCUCGCUGGCGUCCGCCUCCAACGACAAGUCGGUGAAGGUCUGGAGCGUGCGCACGCAGCGCCUUGCCUUCACCCUCUUCCAGCACACUCGCUGGGUUCGCUCUGCCAAGUUCUCACCUGAUGGAAGGCUGAUAGCAUCUUGCAGUGAAGAUAAAUCUGUUAGGAUCUGGGAUACAAGAAAUAAGACUUGCAUUGAUAGCUUCUUAGAUUAUGGAGGAUUUACCAGUGAUGUGGAUUUCAACCCCAGUGGCACUUGUGUAGCUGCUGCAGGCUCCAACCACACCGUGAAGCUGUGGGACAUUCGAACGAAGCAGCUCCUGCAGCAUUACAAAGUUCACACAGCAGGGGUUAAUUGUGUGGCAUUCCAUCCCUCUGGGAACUACCUCAUCUCUGCUUCUACUGAUGGGACCAUGAAGAUUUUGGAUGUUUUAGAAGGAAGGCUUAUUUACACUCUCCAUGGACACAAGGGACCUGUACUUUCUGUGGCUUUUUCCAGAAGUGGUGAAAAAUUUGCCUCAGGUGGAGCAGAUGCCAAGGUGUUACUAUGGAAAACAAACUUUGACUCAUUUGAUUAUAAAGAAGUUCUCAAACAUCACAUGAGAAGAACACAGACUGAUGAUCCUCCUCAUCUGGAUGUUUACCCAAGGGCACCUCUUCUCCAUGGGGAUGGAAAGGUUGAGCCAAUUCAGGUUGACCCUACCCUUGAUGUGACUGCUACACAAACACUUGACCCACCUGUCAUAGAGAUUAGAGCCUCUUCAUCCUUCAGUGCUCAGGAUGAUGGUAGCAGUGAAGACCUGCAGUGUCCUCCUUCAGAUUUGACAGCCAGUUCUAAAAGGGAGUCAGAGAAUGAGAGCAAAUCAACUCUGCAUGAUGGGGAGCAGCAAACAGACAUCUCCCCCUCCUUGAGCAAGACUUUGGAGCACAUUGUGGAGCAGCUGGAUAUUUUAACUCUGACUGUUUCGAUCCUGGAACAACGUUUGACACUGACUGAAGACAAACUGAAGGAAUGCCUAGAAACCCAGCAGAAAAUGCUGCUGCAGGGAAGGCAGGAGGAGUAGAAGAGGCAAGGAAGGAGCUGCACUUCCACAAAGAAGCAGAAAAUGUUCUUUCCUUCUGCUGCAACCAGGAGAAAACCCAGCCCAGUCCUCCCCUUCUUACAA